AUGAGUCCCUCGGUCAAUGGCGCCUCAGUAGGCGCCCUCACUACGAAUUCCAAUUCGAAGUCAAGCCCAACGCGAAUCUCCAUCCUCGGGCGGGACGACAUCGUCGUCGACCACGGGCUCUGGCUUGACUUCGUGACUCACGACCUGCUCAGCAACAUCGCCUCGUCCACCUAUGUCCUAAUCACCGACACCAAUCUCUUCCCGCUCUAUGUCCCUGCUUUCCAGGACGUCUUCACAAAGGCUGUCAGCAGCAGCGCCACCAGCUCCGCAAAGCCCCGUCUCCUCACAUACGCAAUCCCCCCAGGCGAGGGCUCCAAGGGCCGUGAAACAAAGGCAGAGAUCGAGGACUGGAUGUUGGCUCAGCAAUGCACCAGAGACACCGUCAUCAUUGCCCUCGGCGGAGGCGUCAUUGGUGACAUGAUCGGCUACGUUGCUGCCACUUUCAUGCGCGGCGUCCGUUUCGUCCAGGUCCCCACGACUCUGCUGGCCAUGGUGGACUCGUCCAUUGGCGGCAAGACUGCCAUCGACACUCCCAUGGGCAAGAACCUGAUAGGUGCUUUCUGGCAACCUCUGCGUGUCUAUAUUGACCUCACUUUUCUUGAGACGCUCCCCGUCCGCGAGUUCAUCAACGGCAUGGCCGAAGUCGUCAAGACUGCUGCUAUUUGGGAUGAGGUUGAGUUCACUGCCCUGGAGCAGAAUGCUCCCGCCAUCCUUGCCGCCGUUCGGUCCAAGUCGACCGAGUCAUCCUCGAGAUUGGCGCCUAUCCGAGAUAUACUAAAGCGCAUUGUUCUUGGCUCUGCUCGAGUAAAGGCCGAAGUUGUGUCGUCCGAUGAACGAGAGGGUGGACUGAGAAAUUUGCUCAAUUUUGGCCAUUCUAUCGGCCACGCCUACGAGGCCAUCCUCACUCCACAGGUAUUGCAUGGUGAGGCAGUCGCCAUUGGCAUGGUCAAGGAGGCCGAGCUGGCACGUUACCUUGGUGUGCUACGGCCAAGCGCGGUUGCUCGCCUCGUCAAAUGCAUUGCGGCCUAUGAUUUGCCGACCUCUGUCGAGGACAAGCGUGUUGUCAAACUGACUGCCGGGAAGCACUGUCCAGUCGAUGUCUUGCUACAAAAAAUGGCUGUGGACAAGAAGAACGACGGCAAGAAGAAGAAGAUUGUGCUCUUGUCCGCCAUCGGAAAGACUUUCGAGCCCAAGGCAAGCGUGGUUGAAGACCGUGCCAUCAGGGUUGUCCUGUCGCCAUCGGUUCGUGCAAUUCCUGGCGUGCCUCACGGUCUAGAAGUCAGUGUCACGCCGCCUGGCUCAAAAAGUGUUUCCAACCGGGCCCUUGUUCUUGCAGCGCUGGGCCAAGGUGCCUGCCGCAUCAAGAAUUUGUUGCGCUCCGAUGAUGUUGAGUAUAUGCUCUCGGCCAUCGCCCACUUAAAGGGAGCAACUUACUCCUGGGAGGACGCUGGUGAGAUUCUAGUAGUCAAGGGCAAGGGCGGGCAGCUUCAGGCAAGCAAGGAGCCUCUCUAUCUUGGCAACGCUGGCACUGCAUCACGGUUCCUUACAACCGUAGUUGCUCUGUGCUCUCCCUCCGAUGUUACAUCGACUGUCUUAACGGGAAAUGCAAGAAUGAAGGUCAGGCCCAUCGGUCCCCUCGUCGACGCACUGCGGACCAAUGGUGUCGCAGUCAAAUAUCUUGGAAAUGAGCAUAGCCUGCCUGUUCAAGUAGACGCCGCCGGUGGCUUUGCCGGUGGAGUGAUUGAACUGGCUGCCACUGUGUCUUCGCAGUAUGUCUCCUCGCUUCUCAUGGCAGCGCCAUACGCGAAGAACCCUGUCACCCUGCGCCUUGUCGGAGGGAAGCCUAUCUCUCAGCCCUACAUUGAUAUGACCAUCGCCAUGAUGAAGUCUUUCGGUAUCGAGGUGCAGCCCUCUAAGACGGAGGCAAAUACGUACCAUAUCCCUACGGGUGUCUACGUAAACCCCCCUGAAUAUGAGAUAGAGAGCGAUGCAAGCUCCGCCACAUACCCGCUUGCCGUUGCUGCCAUCACCGGCACUACAUGCACAGUCCCAAACAUCGGGUCCAAGUCUCUCCAGGGCGAUGCUCGCUUCGCUGUUGAAGUAUUGCGACCCAUGGGCGCAACCGUCGUGCAGACUGAUUACUCUACGACGGUCACUGGGCCAAAGCCUGGUACCCUAAAAGCUUUGGAACAUGUCGAUAUGGAGCCGAUGACCGAUGCCUUCUUGACAGCAUCUGUUCUCGCAGCUGUCGCGAAAGGUACGACUCGAAUUACUGGUAUCGCUAAUCAGAGAGUGAAGGAGUGCAAUCGUAUCCUUGCCAUGAAAGAUCAGCUGGCCAAAUUUGGUGUCGCGUGCACUGAGCUUCCUGAUGGCAUUGAGGUCACCGGACGACCAUACACCGAAUUGAGAGAGCCUAGCGAAGGCAUCUUUUGCUAUGAUGAUCAUCGCGUAGCCAUGAGCUUCAGUGUCUUGUCUGUCAUUUCGCCUCAUCCAGUGCUUAUUUUGGAACGCGAGUGCGUUGGAAAAACCUGGCCUGGCUGGUGGGAUGUGCUGUCCCAGUCUUUUAAAGUUACCUUGGAUGGUGAAGAGCCACAUGUGGAGAAGCACGCGGAGAAGUCCGGCAUGUCACCUGGUGAUCGGUCAAUCUUCAUCAUCGGGAUGAGAGGUGCAGGAAAGACAACAGCAGGGGCUUUCUUAGCAGAAACGCUGCAAAGGCCGUUCAUCGAUCUUGACAUGGAACUGGAAAGAAGGGAGGGUAUGACUAUCCCUGAAAUGAUCCGAGGGUCACACGGAUGGGAAGGUUUCCGAAAAGCAGAACUCGAUCUGCUCGCAGAUGUCAUGAAGAAUCAGUCUUACUGCCACGUCUUCUCCUGUGGCGGCGGAAUCGUGGAAAGCGCAGAGGCAAGAAAGCUUCUGGUCUCGUACUAUCGCAGCGGCGGCUAUGUGCUACUUGUUCAUCGCGACACAGACCAGGUCGUGGAGUAUCUCCUACGAGACAAGAGCAGGCCCGCCUACUCCGAGGACAUUCGUGGCGUCUACUACCGUCGGAAGCCUUGGUUCGACGAAUGCAGCAACUUCCAGUAUCAUAGCCCGCACUCCGAGGCAUCAGAGGCACUGCGUGGAGCGCCCGUUGACUUCACCCGAUUUGUCUCGGUCAUGUGUGGUCGAUCUCGUCACUUUGAGGAAGUAAAGUCCAAGAGACAUUCAUUCUUCGUGUCGCUAACCCUACCCAAUGUGGCAUCUGCCAUCAAAUUACUUCCCCGCGUUGUUGUCGGUUCAGAUGCUGUUGAACUUCGUGUCGACUUGCUCGAGGACUACUCCCCCGAAUUCGUCGCCGUACAAGUUUCGCUGCUUCGAUCUGUGACCAACAUUCCCAUUGUUUACACACUUCGAACCGUUAGUCAGGGCGGCCGUUUCCCAGAUACGGAUUACGAUGCUGCAGCUGCCUUGUAUCGUCUUGCGCUCAGAAUGGGAGUUGAGUAUAUUGAUCUUGAGAUGACCAUGCCGGACUCCGUUAUCCAGACUGUGGCCGAAGCCAAGGGUUUCAGCAAGAUCAUUGCCUCCCACCACGACCCCCAGGGUACAUUGUCUUGGCAGAAUGGUUCCUGGAUGGUCUUCUACAAUAAGGCUCUGCAGUAUGGAGACGUCAUCAAGCUUGUCGGCGUUGCUCGCGACCUCGAGGAUAAUUUCGCUCUCGCAAACUUCAAGGCUCGGAUGCUUGCAUCGCACAAAACGCCCAUGAUUGCUAUUAAUAUGGGCCCAGUUGGUAAAUUGAGCCGAGUGCUGAACGGCUUCCUAACGCCAGUGUCGCAUCCUGACCUGCCAUUCAAGGCUGCUCCAGGUCAGCUUUCAGCAGCGGAGAUUCGGCAGGCAUUGUCCCUUAUUGGGGAGCUCGAACCGCGAUCUUUCUAUCUCUUCGGAAAGCCAAUUGCCAAAUCACGGUCGCCUGCCCUGCAUAAUUCACUUUUCGAGCAGACGGGACUGCCGCACACAUACUCUCUUUUCGAGACGGAUCAUGCACCAGACGUUCUGGACAUCAUCCGAUCGCCGCACUUUGGCGGUGCUUCAGUGACUAUCCCACUCAAGCUUGAUAUCAUGGACUUACUCGAUGAUGUCUCGGAUGCGGCUAAGCACAUUGGCGCUGUAAAUACCAUUAUCCCCGUGGCUAGUGGGAACGGCGAGAAGGCCCGCCUUCUCGGUGAUAAUACCGACUGGAUGGGCAUGGUUUUCUCCCUACGCUCCGCAGGGCUAGUACAGCGCACACGAGCUUCUCCGGGGGCUGGCCUUGUGAUUGGAUCUGGCGGCACCAGUCGAGCUGCGAUUUAUACCUUGCAUUCUCUCGGCUAUGCACCCAUCUACAUAGUUGCCAGGUCCGCUACCAAUGUCAAGGCACUAGCAGACUCCUUCCCCUCAGACUACGAUAUCCAACACCUGAGCAGUGUUGAGGAGGUGUCCGCCAUCUCAAGUCUGCCCCCAACGGUUGUCAUCAGUACGAUCCCAGCCGACAAGCCAAUCGACCCGACAAUGCGUGAGGUUCUCGUGUCAGUUCUUCACCAUCCAUCAGUGUCUGAAUCCACUCGAGCCUUGCUCGAGAUGGCCUAUAUGCCACGUCACACCCCUCUCAUGCAGCUGGCUGAAGACGCUGGAUGGACAACCAUUCCGGGAUUGGAGAUUCUCUCUGCUCAAGGGUGGUAUCAGUACCAGUUGUGGACGGGCAUCACGCCGGUCUACGCUGAUGCACGAGCCGCAGUCAUGGGUGAAUCAAUUCCCGCCUCAGGGCCGUAA